AUGUCAAUAUCGAUAUUCUACUUCAUUUUAUUCUAUCAAGAAAUUCUUUAUGUUUUUGGUUGGGGACCAAUUGGACAUAGUCUUAUUGCACGUCUUGCUCAAAGUCAAUUAGAUUCCUCUACUAAUAGUUGGAUUAAUAAUUAUAUACCAUCAAAUUUAUCAGGUAAUUUAAGUGCAAUUGCAUCAUGGCCUGAUGAAAUAAUUGAUCUGAAUAAGAAUCCAUUUGAUUAUAAUAAGUGGCAAUGGUCUCAUGAAUUACAUUUUUUAACUAUACCUGAUUGGAAUUGUAAAUAUAUAUCAAGAAGAGAUUGUUUAAAUAAUAGAUGUAUUGAAGGUGCAUUAAAGAAUUAUUCAGAAAGAUUAAUUGAUAAUAAUUAUGAUUAUAUUCAACAACAACAAGCUCUUUUCUUUCUUGUUCAUUUUGUUGGUGAUGUUCAUCAACCAUUACAUUGUGGUUUUAAAGGAGAUUUCGGCGGACAUAAUGUCAUAGGUUUUUUUUUCAAUAAAACAAAUCCAAUAAAUCUUCAUUAUGUAUGGGAUAGUGAAAUAAUGAAUAUUCAUAUUAAUCGUCAUUUUCAAUCAGAUGUUAAUCUUUAUUAUGAAUAUUUGAAAUCUCUUAUGUUUAAUCAAUAUUUCUUAAUAAAUGAAACAUAUAAUGAUUAUAAAAAAUGGAUUGAUGAAAGUGUUAGUUAUGUUUGUAAACAAGUUUAUUUAGAUGAUAAUAAUAUUAAACUUGAUAUUUCAAGAAAUUUUGUAUUAGGUGAAGAAUAUUUCAAUCGAAAUUGGCCUCUUAUUGAUCAACGUUUAGCACAAGCAGGUCGUCGACUUGCAUCAUUACUUAAUCAAUUAUCUAAAAAUCGAUCAUCAAAAAAACUUUCAUCAGAAAUUCAAACUCUUAUUAUUAUUUUAUGCAUUGGAUUAGCUAUUGGUAUUUUUGCUACUCUAGGUGUUUAUUUAUAUAAACGAAAAAAGAAUAGAGAAUAUGAUGUUUUAACAUCUGAAUAA